GCUGGAGGGAGCGUAACCACACCGCUCGCGCGCAACCGGAGAGACUCGGCGCAAAGUUUCCUCGAUGGCGCUCGUGAUGGAGCCGGUGAGCAAAUGGAGCACGAGCCAGGUGGUGGACUGGAUGAAAGGUCUGGACGACUGUCUGCAGCAGUACGUGUGUGUGUUUGAGCGCGGUGGCGUGUGCGGCGAGCGGCUGCUGCGGAUCAGCCACGCCGAGCUGGAGGAGCUGGGCGUGUCUCGCAUCGGCCACCAGGAGCUGAUCCUGGAGGCCGUGGACCUGCUCUGCGCUCUGAACUCGGGCCUGGAGACGGAGAGCGUCCGCACUCUGGCGCACAAGCUGGGCGCCUCCGCCAAGAACCUGCAGAACUUCAUAUCGGGCCGGCGCCGCAGCAGCCAGUCGGAGAGCCGCAGCUCCCGGCGGCUGCCCAACGACCUGCUGACCUCCGUGGUGGACCUGAUCACCGCCGCCAAGAGCCUGCUGGCCUGGCUGGACAGGUCUCCCUUCGCCGCUGUGGCCGACUACUCAGUAACCCGAAAUAAUGUCAUUCAGCUCUGCCUGGAGCUCACCACCAUCGUACAGCAGGACUGUACUGUGUUUGAGACGGAGAACAAAAUCCUUCAUGUGUGUAAGACUCUGUCGGAGGUGUGUGAGCACAUCGUGUGUGUGUCGUCCGACCCGCUGGUCUCACAGUCGGCCCACCUGGAGCUGGUUCACCUCACCAACAUCAAAACCUCGGAGGGCCUGGGGAUGUACAUCAAGUCAACCUACGACGGCCUCCAUGUGAUCACCGGCACCACCGAGGGGUCUCCGGCCGACCGCUGCAAGAAGAUCCACGCCGGAGACGAAGUCAUUCAAGUCAACCAUCAGACUGUGGUGGGCUGGCAGUUGCGUAACCUGGUGGGCUCGCUGAGGGCGGAUAAAGGCGUGGUGUCCCUGACCCUGAAGAAGCGUCCGCAGAGCACGCUCAGCUCCGCCCCGGCGCUGCUGAAGAACAUGCGCUGGAAGCCCCUGGCUCUGCAGCCAACCAGAAGCCCCGGCAGCAGUUCGGCCACGCCCUCCAGCACGCCCACCAAGAGCUCCGCCCUGCAGGACCUCUACAUCCCGCCGCCUCCCUCCGAGCCGUACACGCCCCGCGAUGAGACAGGAGCCCUGUCUGGAGACGAGGCAUCUCGUAACCACGGUGGCGUCAGCGUUCCCAAGCGCUCUGAGUCACCCAACUCCUUCCUGGAUCAAGAGUCUCGCCGGCGAGAAGAGGAGGAGUCGGUGUACUGCACCACGCCCACAUACGGCAGGCUGAGGCCCAUCUCCAUGCCGGUGGAGUGUAACUGGGUGGGCGACUACGAGGACCCAGCCAAGCUCAACAGAGAAAGCCGCAGAGAAGCUUCUCUGAUGCGCUACGUGGGGCUGUCUGGCGGCGACGAGCGCACCGUCUCCGAGGAGUACUCCUCCCACACGGCCCGCCCCGGGAAACGCUCCAACGACACGGCCAAACGCGCCAAGAGGCGGAGCCACCACAGCCAAAGCCCCUCCCACUACGUGCUGCAGACCAAUCAGAGAGAGUCGCCUCCUCGAGACCCCGCCUCCAUCUACCAUACAUACCAGCAGUCCUCUUCACUGCAGUCAAAGACCAGGAAGAAGAAUAAAGGACGAGGUUUGGCCUCCCUGAGCCGGAGGCGUGUUUCCUGCAAGGCGCUGGGCAGAGGAGACUGCGAAGGCUGGCUGUGGAGGAAGAGGGACGCCAAGGGCUACUUCUCCCAGAAGUGGAAGAAGUACUGGUUCGUCCUGAAGGACACCUGCCUCUACUGGUACAUCAACGAGGAGGAUGAGAAGGCCGAGGGGUUUGUCAGCCUUCCAGAGUUUAAGAUCGACCGGGCCAGCGAGUGUCGCAAGAAGUAUGCUUUCAAAGCCUGCCACCCCAAGGUCAAGAGCUUCUACUUCGCCGCAGAUGGAGUGGAUGACAUGAACAGGUGGCUGAGUCGGCUCAACAUGGCCGCCGUGGGCUACGCAGAGCGGGAGCGGAUACGCCAGGAUCAGGAUUACUGGAGCGAGAGCGAGCAUGAGGAUGACACCACCUCCAGCCCAAAACAGGACAGUCCCCCACCUCCAUAUGAUACCUACCCACGGCCUCCAUCAAUGAGCGCCUACCUGGAGGGCCGGACCACUCGGCUGUCCUCCACAGAGACGUCUCGCUCUCGUUCAUCCCAGGAGGACUUCCUGUGCAGCGAGCCUCCGGCGGCCGCCGCGGAGCCGCAGUACCACCCCGGUCCCCUGGGUGGCACCAUGCACAGCGGGAGGAAGCCGGGGGGCAGCAGCAGCAGCGACGUGCAGUACAGAUGUGACCCUGUGGAGUACCGUUCCAGUCCUGCGGGCGGCAGCAGUGAGACAGGAUCCCCGGGGCGGUCUUCAUCCUCUCAGCGGCGCUCCUGGCAGGAUCUGAUCGAGACGCCGCUGACCGAGGCCGGACUGCACUACCUGCAGACGGGACCUCUGGAGGACGCCGUCUUCGUGGAGCCGGGGCCGGGCGGCGGGUCCAUGAUGGCCGGGGCCGUCUACACCCUCCCCGCUCAGAGGAACGUCCCGUUGCCCAUGGCGAUGCAGAGGCUGAUCCCCAUGGCAACCCAAGGAGGGAAACCCCGCAGCUUCACGCUGCCACGAGACAGCAACCUACACACACUCCUCGCGCCGCCCGCGAGAGAGGAGCCGCACACACACAACGGCAGCGAAGGCGCGUCCCUGGGCGACCUGUUCCGGGCAUGCGAGCAGGGCGGGGUCUGCCCCCUGGGCCGGGCGUCGGAGGUCAAAGGUCAGUCGGAGUUCAGGCAGUCUUUUCUCCGCCGGGCCGAAGACCCGCAGCUCAACGAGCGGCUGCACCGCCUGCGCAUACUCACCUCCACGCUGAAGGACAGGGAGGGGGAGCUGGCGCUGAUUGACAGGCUGCUGGCCAGCCCCCAGCUGUCCUCGGCCGAGUUCCAGGAGUGGAAGAGAGCCUAUCAGGACCUGUUCACUCAGGAGCCGGACCCCCCGGCCGAGUCCGACCCCGGCCCGCCCCUCACCCCGUCCCUCGCCCACACGCACUCCUACAUCGAGACGCACGUCUGACGCGCAGAACCGAACCGCACACACGCCAAAAAAACACACGCCGCACCUCUGUCCCGACAGUGAAGAGGCCCGACGGUGCUCUCGGCACCGGUGCCGGCUCUCUGAGGAGAACCCUCGCCGCCCUGCCAGCUGAUUGGUUACGCCACUCCAGCGGCUCCGGGGCAGACCACGCACUGAUCGCUAAGUAUUCCCCGUCUCUCCACGGAGGACGGCUUUCAUCGUGACUCCUCGCGUCCUGCUUGUGGUGCCGUGUCCAUCCUGACUGCACAGCGUCUCCCACUCGCCCGCUGACGGCCACUGUAAUAUUAUCAAGCCUUAUACUUCAUGUCUACGAUGAUAUUUACUGUACAGUGAGUGUUACAGCAGGCUACAAUAAGCAAAGAUGCUUUUUUUUUUCUUUUUUUUUUUUAAUCCACUAGUCUGAUUUUCCUUUGUUGGUGUUGGUUGAGUAGAAUUCCAAACUGUGCUGGGCUGGACCUGAAGCAUGCACACUCCACCGUGGAAAGGACACAUUUCCAGGAAAAAUCCACCCUCA